AUAUAGUCAGACAGCACAAAUAUAAAUAUAGUCUUUUUGUUAUUGACGAAAUGGCUAAACACCAAAAUAAGACCGAAUUAAAUCCCAUUGAAAUGAUUUGGGCAAAUAUGAAAAAACUGAAUAUGGGCAAAUAUGAAAAAACUAUGUGGCUUCAAACAAAAGAACAUUCUUCAUUUCUGACGGGAAAAAUUUGUUUUAUGAAGCUGUCAACAGAGUGAUAGCAAACUAUUGGAAAGAUUGCAUCCGUCACGUUCAAGAGACAAUCGAAACAAAGAUGUGGGAUCUG